AUGUGGAUAUUCCUACUAAUUAUGAGUGUGUACGUUUCAAAAACGUAUGCGAUCAACAUAACGGUGGAACUGCGUAGUACUGGAUCUAUCAUUGCAAGACUUAUGAAGACAAAUCAGUACGAUGACUAUUUGAAAAUGUUUGUUGAGCAAGAGAGAGAAUACAGAAUUAUAAAAGAUUAUCGAACAUCGCAAGGAAUUGCUUCAUGGUACGACGAAUUUUAUCUCGGAGAAGUUAAAGUUGGCACUCCAGCUCAAUCAUUCUACCUUGCUAUGGAUACCGGUUCCUCUGUAAUGUGGUUGGUUGAUGGCGCAUGUACACACGCAAUUUGCAAUGGUUAUCCGAAUAGUGGACGGAGUAAACAGAAGUUCUACUACGGGAAAUCCAGCACAUUUAAACGUACAAGCGAUCAUUUCGCGUUGAAUUACGGUUCUGGAUAUGCUGGUGGUUUCACUGGAACAGACAAUAUCGCCUAUGGAUCGUUCUUCAUGAAAGAUCAACAACUUGGUGUGGCCAACUGGCUCGCUCCGUUCUUCGGCACAGCUCCAAUGGACGGAAUUUUCGGUCUUGGAUUCAGCGAGUACAAAAAUCUGAACGCACCAAUGCCAACAGUGAAACACUUCAUGGAUCAACAGCAGUUCACCGUGUACAUGAAUAGAAGGGUAGCUAUCAGCAGAGGACAAUUAGGAGGUUACAUCACGUAUGGUGCUUAUGACAGCACGAACUGUGAACCACAAAUUUACUACACACCUCUAGCCGUUAAAAACAAAUGGAUCAUCAAUAUUGCAGGAUUCAGCAUAGGAUCAUUCACGCAUACUGCUAAUCAACAUGCUAUUUCUGACACAGGAACAACGUGGAUAGGUGUUCCGAACGCGGUUCUGAACAAUAUCCUCUAUCAAACGCAAAGUUGGUGGGAUCCUAACCGGAAGCUCUACAUUAUCCAAUGUUCGAAAAUGUCGAGCCUUCCACAGAUGAUUUUCCAUCUUGCUGGUCGCAAAUUUACUGUACCUUCGGUACAGUACGUGCUUGAUUUGAAUCUUGGAAAUGUGCGUGAUGGCGAUUUUUGCCGUCGAUUCCGCCGCCUUUGGAUCACAGUUCAUCCUCGGCCAACCGUUUAUCCGCACAUUCUGUCAAACGUACGACAUCGCCAACGAAAGAAUUGGAAUCUCUGUUUCAAGACCUCAGAAACCCUAAUUUAUUGGUGA